AUGACGAUGCAGCAGAGCAUCCUUCACACUGGGCAGAUGCUGGUGACUUCCCAGAGUUCUCAGGCUUCCCAGCCUCCAAACCCCUACCAGGAAGACUUAGGCGAGGGCAAGAUGAUGAUGUUGGGAGAGGAAUCUGAUGAAGUGGAGGCGAUGCUAAUGGACCUCUAUCAGCAAACCCCUGGGAUCCUUAUUGGCACAGAAAUCUCACACGACUCUGAAGAGCCUUUCUCGGAGUAUUUUAGCUCCUUGUAUUACUGGAUCUUACAUUUGACACUAAAACAGAACCUAUGUAAUACUGUCAUGGGGGAUUUUCCAGGUCAUGUUCUUCCUGGAACACUUUUCUUUGUCAUAAGUCUUUGGUGGAGUAUAAAGCACAUUCUGGAGCAUGUUUGUCGACAGCAAAAGAGGUCUUUCUCCCUUAUUACCAAGGAAUUCUUCUUUCGAGCAGAAAUUGUGGAAGGAAUUGUGAUUACUGGCGUGGUAUUAGUAGGAAUAAUUGGUCUAUACCUUGCACUUGGAAAGCGAAAUCAGCUCUCAGAUAAAGAAUCCCAGUUGGUCCUAAUCCUGCACUGGCAUCAUCUUGCCAUGUAUGUCUUCUUUGCAUUGCUAGGUGGGACCAAGAUCUUAUGUUUCAUCAUUCGUUCACUUCCAGUCUCUUUGGUCAAGUUAAUGUUAGCAAAUGCCUGCUUUGUGGAUGCUUUUAUUUUCCACAAUCACACACAUGGCCGGACCUUGGUGGACACCUUUGGGCACCAACUGUUGAGCUUCGCUAUAUUUUUGGCAGGUCUGGUUGCCUUUAUAGAAUUAUUCACAAAGAACAAUGUAGUUCUGGCACUCCUGAGGUCGAGCUUUGUCAUGCUGCAUGGGAUGUGGUUCUUUCAGGUUGCUUUUGUCCUGUUUCCCAGGAAUAAAGACCAUGCAUGGGACCUGUCUGAUCAUAGCAACGUUCUGUUUUUCACUGUAUGCUUUUGUUUGUAUUAUGCGUUGACCUAUGUCAUCAUUGGAAUUAAUUAUGCUCUUGUUACCUGGUUGGUGAAGUGGAGACUUAGCAAGCUCUGCACCUCAGAAACUCAACUUCUGAAAAAUCUUGAACAGCAAGAAGAAUCAGAAGAUGAAAUGUGA